GUUGAGGAAUCUCUAAGGGAAUUUCCCAGCCAGCAAGUCAGCCAAAAGUAACCGACCAUUGAACCCCUGCCUGGCUAUAAAGGACAGUCAGCCCAGAUUCCAUAUUUUCCAUUGCUAGGAGUGCUCCCUAUGGAUUCCAGGAAGGCACCAGUGCUAUAGGAUGCAGUGAGCUAUGAUGAUGUGCAUGUGAACUUCACUCAGGAAGAAUGGGUUUUGCUGGAUCCUUCCCAGAAGAGUCUCUACAAAGAUGUGAUGCUGGAGACCUACAGGAACCUCAGUGCCAUAGGCUACAAUUGGGAAGACCAUAAUACUGAAGAACAUUGCCAAAGUUCUAGAAGACAUGGAAGGCAUGAAAGAAGUCCCACUGGAGAGGAACCUUAUGAAUGUAUUAAAGGUGCUAAAGCCUUUGCAUAUCAUCAUCGUCCUCAAUGGCACAAAAGAAUUCAUACUGGAGAGAAACCUUAUGAAGUUAUUCAGUAUGGUGAAGACUUUGCAUAUCACAGUAGUCUCCAAAUAUAUAAAAGAAUAGACAUUGGCGAGAAACCUUAUGAAUGUAAUCAGUGUGGUAAAGCAUUUACAUAUCAUAGUCAACUUCGAAGACAUAAAAGAACACAUACCGGAGAGAAACCCUAUAAAUGUAAUCAGUGUGGUAAAGCCUUCUCACAAAAUGGUCAUCUCAUAAUACAUCAAAGAACACAUACUGGUGAGAAACCUUAUGAAUGUGAUCAGUGUGGUAAAGCCUUUACAGAUCAAAGUCAACUUCGAAUACAUAAAAGAGCACAUACUGGAGAGAAACCCUACAAGUGUAAUCAGUGUGAUAAAGCCUUUUUACAAAACAUUAAUCUUAGAAUACAUGAACGAGCACAUACUGGAGAGAAACCCUACAAAUGUAAUCACUGUGAUAAAGCCUUUGCACAAAAUGGUCAUCUCAUAAUACAUCAAAGAACGCAUACUGGAGAGAAGCCCUAUGAAUGUAACCAGUGUGGCAAAGCGUUUGCAGAUCAAAGUCAACUUCGAAUACAUAGAAGAGUACAUACUGGAGAGAAACCCUACAAGUGUAAUCAGUGUGACAAAGCCUUUGCACAACACAGUAAUCUCCGAAUACACAAAAGGACACAUACUGGAGAGAAACCCUAUGAAUGUAAUCAAUGUGAUAAAGCCUUUCUACAAAAUAUUAAUCUCAAAAUACAUAAAAGAGCACAUACUGGUGAGAAGACUUAUGAAUGUCAUCAAUGUGGUAAAGCCUUUGCACGUUACUAUCAUCUUCAAUGUCAUGAACGAAUUCACACUGAAGAGAAACCUUACAAAUGUAAUCAAUGUGAUAAAGUCUUUUCACAAUCACAUAGUCUCCAAAUACACAAAAGGACACAUACUGGAGAGAAACCCUAUGUAUGUAAUCAAUGUGGUAAAGCCUUUGCAGAUAAUAGUCACCUUCGAAGACAUAAAAGAACGCAUACCGGAGAGAAACCCUAUGAAUGUAAUCAAUGUGGGUCAGCCUUUUCACAAAGCAGCUAUCUCAGAAUACAUAAAAGAACACAUAUUGGAGAGAAACACUUUGAAUAAGCAGUAUGGCAAAGCCUUUGCAUAGAAUAGUAACCUUAGAAACCAUGACAAAAGUCAGCCUACAGAGAAACACCACAAGUGUAGUGAGUACGCUUAAGUUUUGUACUUCAUGGGAUCUUUAUACAAGAGGAAAAUCUUCAGUGCGUAAUCAGUCUGUUAAAGACUGCAUAUCCCAGUAGUCUUUGAGGUUCUGAAAUAACUCCUACCUGAGGGAGUUUAUGACUAUAAGGGAUUUGGUACAAUCUUUCACCAACAUACAUUCAGUUACACAGCAUUAUUUAGUCUAGAGAAAAAAAAUGUAACACAUGUCAGCAAUCUCUUCAAGCAUUACGAUGUCACUAGUUUGGUUGCACUUUUUUCCCCACUCAAUGUUUGCGUGUUGAACCAUCUCUGCAUCUCUGGAAUGAAGCCUACUUGAGUGUUAUAUGUAACACUUUUGGUCUUUUCUUUGAAUUUGCAAGUGUUUUAUUAUUUUUACAUCUGUGGGAAAUUGAUCUAUAAUACUCUUUUUCUUUGAGUCUUUGUGUGCUUUGGGUAUCAGGGUAACUGUGGCUUCAUAUAAUGAAUUGGGUAAUGUUCCCUUUUUCUAUUUUUUUUUUUUAAUUUUGUAAAGAAUACCUCCUGAAGGGGUAAAUCUAUAUUCCAAGAUUUUGGUGAAAUUAUUGUUACCUCUGCUCUUGUAUGUACUAAACCUUCAAUUUUCAGUGCCAUUUAUUUGUAUUUUCAGCUUUUGUCUUUCAUCAUUUCUAGGAGUUGGUGAAAAUACUUGUUUUCUGAUCUUUUCUGAAUUUGUUCUUUUACCUACAGAAGCUGUUUUGUCCUUGGUCACAUGCAGACUAGUGUUGUUUCUUAACAACAGGCAUUAAAUCUUUUUUUUUUUUUUUUUUUUUUUUUUUUUUUUUUUUUUUUUGGAUUUGGUUUUUUCGAGACAGGGUUUCUCUGUAUAGCCCUGGCUGUCCUGGAACUCACUCUGUAGACCAGGCUGGCCUCGAACUCAGAAAUCCACCUGCCUCUGCCUCCCAGAGUGAUGGGAUUACAGGUGUGCGCCACCACCGCCCGGCUAGGCAUUAAAUAAUUUAAUUGCUGUAUGGGUGAGUUUCUCUGAGACUAACAGGAUAUGACUGAACUGAAUUUAAUUCUGGGGACCCUGUGGUAGGCCGCACAGGGGUGUUUCCAAAGGCAGAGCUUUACUUUGAAUAUCCAGUGCUGACCUUUGCCAUACGUUCUGCAUACUCCAGAAGACUGGGGUCUUCCUUUUGGAUUAUUUCUGGGAAACCCACUCUUUCUUGGAAUACAAAUUUUUGUCAAAUGUCCAGGCUUACCCUGGCAUUUUGAUGAAAUUACUACUUUGAGAAAUUACUUCUAUCACAGUAGUAUCAUAAAUUUGAGAUCCAAUAUCACCCAUAUUCCUAAUCCAUUCCUCUGUUGGUGCUGAUCUUGCCUGUAAAGGUCUAAUCAAUGUUUUGCAUUCUUAAUUAGUAUGUUCAAUAGCCAAAAAUUACAAUUAGCAUUUUUUCUGACUCCUAAAUCUGAUACUGUUCUAUUUAUAGCUGAAAUCAAUUUUUGCAAAACAUCAGAGAAGUCUUCUUUUGGGCUGUGCAUAAUUUUAGUAAAUGACUCAUACCUCUUUCCUGAACCUUGAGCCUCAUCCCAAGCAUUUAAAGCUUCCAGAUAACAGCGCCAUGAUGGGAUUAUGAAAUUCAAGCUGACUGUGUAACUCAGCCUAGUGACCUUCACCUCACAGCCGAUCUUGGGGAAUACCAAUCCCCCUAGCCUGAUUGAGCAGGCAGGCUUCUUAUUAUUAUGAGUGGGAACAGGUUUUUUUCUUAACAGCAAGGCAGAUUGAGUCUUACUAAGGCGGGGAACCCAGCUUUCUUUCUUAUAGACAUGGGCUUAAUUCAUUUAGCAAUAAAACAGUAGAAGCUUUUUCUCUAUGCAAUAAAGAUUUGAGCUCAUUUUUCUUCCAGAAUGAAUGAGUUCUUUCUGCACUGGUGCUUGGUCUUUUGCUUCAUAUGCAUAUGUAAGUAAUGUAAUUAUGUGGUUGAGUCCAACUGGUUUGCAUGGAGGUGUAUGAAUGUAUAUGUGUGAGUUUGUGUAUGAAUUUAUGUGACUUUAUGCAUAUUUACUUGUGUAAGAGUUUUUCCUUCUGCCACCUUGACUCUGUUUUUCUUGAUCAAUCAAAGUUUAUUGUGCCAAACUGCCCUCCAGCCUGACAAGCAAGAGGGGAGGCUUCUGGUCAAGAGAGAAAACCCCCUAACAAUCCUUUACUUAAUCCCCUGCUAUUAGCCACAGGUUGUUAAUCCCCCAAGCCAGCAGUUUUUAACCCUGGAAAUGAACAAAAAAGUGUUUGGGAUGGUUUAGAAGUUAUCAGCAAGCAUUCGGUAUAGUUAGAGAGCUGGGAGGCUGGAGACCAUCAGUCUUUGAAGCUACCAGCGUGACCAUCAGUCUUUAAAACUACACCCAGAGACCAUCAUUCUUUAAAGCUACUUGUAUGUCCAACUCUGUGUCCAGCUCCAACCCAGAACAGGAAUGGCAGGUUUUGCCUGUGGGAGUUGUCAAAGUUUGAGAAGAGAGAUGGAGAGGUUACAAACAGAUAUUUUUGCUGCUAUCGAAGCUGUCCCCUUGCCUGGGGUUUCCCCUCUGAAAACACCCUAAACCCCAUCUCCUCCAAAACUUUUUUUUUUUUAAAGAUUUAUUUACUUAUUUUUAUGUAUGUGAGUAUACUACAGUACAUACCAGAAGAGGGCAUCAGGUCUCAUUAUGGAUGAUUGUGAGCUACCAUGUGGUUGCUGGGAAUUGAACUUAGGACCUCUGGGAGAGCAGCCAGUGCUCUUAACCACUGAGCCAGCUCUCCAACCCCAAGGAUCUGCUGUCAUUACAUCUAAAUAUUUUAUUGUCUGGCACUUUUAACCUAUUUACCUCUGUUCCUCUCUUUCAAUAACUUUACUAAAUAUAGCUGCAUGUGUUACCAAUGUGUUCACUAUACAAAUUUAAUCUUGGGGCCUGCUGACAGUUGUUUCUUAAAUUCACCAUGUUGGCCACUAGGCCACUCUGACAGUUCCAGCUAUUGAAGCUCUUUAAUAUUUGGUAUGUAGGCAUUAGUAUUCAGGUCCCACAAAUUCUAGUCUCAAAUUUCUGGUCUGCUUUUCUGCAAUUUUCAGAGACAGUUUUUCUUGGAUGGUGACAAAGAAUAUUCUUGAUGGGUUCAUUAGUCAUAAAGACAGCAAAAAACUACAAUUUCAAAGUGGAAGAAAGAUUGUGUUUAACUGAGUUUAUUGAUCAGAAUGAAAGACUAUAUGUUUAACUCUGAAUUUAUUGAUCAGAAUGAAAGACUAUGAUGUUUACUGGUGAGGUGAUAUAAGUGUGGGGUUCUCUGCAGAUCCUAGGUCUGGCAGAGUAACAAUCCACGUGAGACAAAGAAAAGAAAUGUAUUUUGAUAUCAGUCUGUAAGAAUUUCAGUGUUGAGCAUGGGUGUGCUGUGGCUUAUCCCCAAGUCUUGUUGCUCUUAGGGAAAAGUUGUCCUACUGCAAGUGUGAACAGCUCUGAAGGAAGAAGGUCUGGCAGUCAGAAGCCAAGAUCUUACCACAAAGCCUCAAGGGACAGCUAACCACACACAAGAGAUUUACCGGGGAAGACACUGGAGGGAGGCUGCCUCUGCUCAGGUGAGGAGCAGAAGAGAAGUGAGUGGGAGGCAGGCUUUGUGUAGGGCUUCUCUGUGGGGGCAGGAUUUUCAGGAGUGGAAAUAGCUCAGGUUUGAGGUUUGUAGGAUUUUAUGUCCCGAGCAUGAGCGAGGUCAGGGACUCAUGAGUUUAUUGAAUCCUGGGUGUAAACUGAAUUUUACCCUCCAGACUUAGUAGACAGUGUUUGGUCAGACUUCUAGAUUCUGACCCCAGGGUGGUUUAUUUAAAAAAUAUUUUAAGUAUAGUAAUAUUUUGUGGAAAACAUUAUUUUCCCAGCACCAAUUAUCUCAGUCCUCUACCGAAUAAAGAUUAAAGUGUGACUACCUCAAAACUCUUUUACAAAGUACAUGUGACUCUUUCAUAAAGUUGGGUUCAAAAACCAAAGGUCCAAGAGGAGGACACAGUGUAGAGGUCACCAAGCUAUAAAGUGUAUGUGACAUCUUCCCUAUGAAUUCAUUCUAUUAACUAAGAAACAAUGCCCUAGGGAGGAUGUGUCUGGGAUAAACCUUGUAUAUUGUCUGGGAGUUUCAGGUGUGGCCUGGCACUAUAUAUACCAUAGGUCACCAAGCUACUUAUUGCAUCCAUUCCCUCACUUCUGGCCAGAAAAGUGUGCUUCUCUUCUACAGAAGAGCAAACCCUGUGGUUUUACAGUCCUUGUUUCCUAGAGCUUAUCGUUGAACACAAGAAUCUUUGCCCUCUCCAGACAAAAUACAUUUUAUGGAUGUCUCUACUUCUUAUUGUGUUAGUGUUAUGUUAAUAUAAAUGCAAAGAGUCAAAAGAUGUUUUCCAGAACAUAAAUUGUGUUGUUUAGAUAUGCAAAGUGUGAUGAUAUCACAUGACUGCAUAGCCACAAAAAGGGGUAGUGAGGCUGGCACAAUCUCAGCAUUCAGAACCGUGGGGCAGGUCUAUUCCCUUUCAUUUGAAGCCGGACUACAUUAAAGUGGAGUUCCAAACCAUGGACUCCAAUUCCUUCUGGCCUACAUGAACACCGCACAUGUGUUGAAGUGACUUUCCUUCACAUUAUAUGCAAGUGUGUCUGUAUUUUCUUAUGUUGAUUGCUAUAUUGGCAUAGAGCUAAAUGCUAGCCCGAUCUUGAUAUUUUCUCAUUUUUUAUGUUCCAUUACCAGCCUUACAUUUGUAAAUACUUGUCUUCCCAAGCCUGCUGAGUUGCUUGAAGGUCAGGCCGGUCUCUAUGCCUAGAGGCAAUCUAAAGAUGUUUUGGUGAUGUCUCACAUCUGAUAGCUUGUAAGAAAAACCUGACAUCCAAUACUUAGGACAAGAAUUGGAGGUUGGAAUUCCUAGGCCGAGUGACGCAUGCAGGAAGGGCAAAGCAGAUACAGGAGAUUUACAGAGGACAGAGAGGGGAACGGAUAGAUGGGAACAGGGCAGAGAGGGAAAGAGCUAGCCACAUGGUGGGUCAUGGGCUUGAAUAAUCUUGUCUUUAGCAAUGAGGACUUGCUGUCAGUUUGUGGAAACCAAGCCCGCUUUCAUGAGCUUGAAUUGUUUGGAUAUUUUUAUGAAGACCCUUUGGCCCACAAUUCUGUUGGAUGUAACCCAGUGCCUAUAUGUAAACCUUUUCUGGACAAGACAGGAUCAUCUUGAACUCCAGCUGUUUCACCACUCAGAGAAUUCAUU